AAACUUGGUACUUUGACUCUACAAUUCUACCGAAUUUGUAAGACAUGACUGUAAUCAUUUUUUUAUCACUACUAUAUAGAUCUAUUUCAUUCCAAGUUAAUAAACAAAUGGUUUAGUGAAUUUAAAUCGUUUUGGAGCGCAAGAAUCAUGAGUGAGUGGUAUUUAUUGUAAGGGACACAAACACGCACAGCAGGAAAGCAGACUGCAGUACAGCAAGCCAGUGUACAAUUGUUCAGCAGCACGAGGAGAAAAAAACAUAAAGAAAAGCUAUAUUCCCAACCCACCUCGGAGGACUGUAACAAAGAUUUGAUGGUGGCUGGGCUCUCUUUAUAAUGCAAAUAGGUGCAGCGGCAAAAUUGAUAUAAGGUGCUUUGUUAUCUAUGUAUAUUUUGAGAUCUUCAAUUGGGUAUUGUGGAAAGUAUCCUGGAUUCCAAGAAACUGUAGCCGAUUGGCUAGAUUUGAUUGAGUUUGUAAGUUUGAAUGCCCAAUGUUCUCUUCAAUCUAGGAAUAAAUUGACUACGGAGAUGCUGGCAUAUUGAAAAGUAAGACAGAGGCAGAGGCUUGAUUAUCCGGAAAUCAAGGAGUGAUUUCGGGGGUAAAUUCUUAGGUUGUAGAGUGUAUGAUGCAUUUGUCAUUUGGGUGCGGUGAGUUUAUGCCACGUUGGGUAUUGGCUACAUGUCAUCUUUGGUCUUGUAAGUGGGACUGAAGUUCAAGCAGAAAGCUUGGAUUGAAAAGAUUGAAAGCUUGAGAGCAAAAAUUAUAUCUCUGAAAAGUAUUACUGAUUAGAGGUGCUUAAUGUCAUUUGUUUGCAGAACGUUUGCAUGCCCCUGAAGAUGCAAUGUACAUGAUCAUAGGCAUUAAUUGUUCACCUUAGAUUGAAGACAUUGCAGAAGAUACAUCUGAUUUUCCUUGAAAGCACUAGACUAGUUCAUACAGCUUCUGCUCUCUAUUUAUUUUCACUUACAGACUCUGGUUGAAGGUUAAAUGAAGAACAAUGCUGCCAGAUAGCUUGGAGAUCAAGAAUCUGAUCACAUAAUCUUGAGCAGGCCUGAGAAGAAUAUAUCAUCGACACAGCUGAAUGAAGUAUCAUGAUGGGUUUCAGAUGCCUUAAUAGUUCUCACUUUUUGAUGAUCAGAAGAUUUGUACUGUGACCUGUGGCUAUGACAAAUGUUUGCUUGGAGUACAGUUUAGCAGCAAAGCCAAUCUACAAUGUUAUCGUAUUCUAUCAGCAUUGAGUUUGAUCAGCUACAGGGACCUCUUCCAGGUCAGGACUCUGUCUUUGCUUCAAGUCAUCAAACUUAAACAUUAUCUAAUUUCACAAGUCUUGGGUUUGUGAAGAAGAGUUGAGUCAAGAAAUCUAAGGUCUUAGCUGGAGGUUUGGAUUUAAUUCUUUGUGUGGUACCAUAUAAGUAACAAUGCCAAACAGUUCAAGCAAUGGCAAUGUUAUGGUGGAGAGGAGCAGGUCUGUGGCAAAGGCCUCAUUUACAUUUUGCAGAGCUACCUUAGGAAGGAGGCUCAUUGAUACCGUGCGCUGUGGAGGUUCCUCUUCUGGUCAUCAUAAGAGAAGUUCGCCAAUGACUACAGCUCAAGAGGUUCCAAAACAGCCGCAGAAAUCCGGAUUUGAUGGAGAAAAUCUGCAUGUAGGUCACAAGGAGAUCGGAAGUCACGGUGGCAUCCAAAUCGAUGUUCGCGACGAGGAUCAGAGUCUCAAGUCUGUUGAACGAACAGGAAAACAGUUGAAGAACAUGUCUGCACUUGAUCCCAAAGAGGGCAGCAGUCGCAAGACCACUGAAGAUCUUGAAUGGAGACAGCUUGUGGAAAGCCUGAGAAAUGAUUCUAAGAUCUUAGAAUGCAGAUCUGCGCGUUCUAUUGUGACCCAGGAAGAAGCAACUAUAGGCAGAGAUGAGGAGGAAAUUGAGCAUGUGGAGAGAAAGAUCAGGGCCUUCAACGAGCUUCAAACAGUUGUACAGUCGCUGCAAUUUGGUAAUGAGAUUGCUCAGAAAAAGGCUGCCAUUGAUAUCAGGAAACUCGCAAAAGAUGAUGCACAUGCCCGAGUUACUCUUGCCAUGCUUGGUGCAAUUCCUCCUCUUGUUGGAAUGCUAGAUUCAUCUGAGGCAAAUGUGCAAACCUCUGCCUUAUUUGCUCUUCUGAAUCUUGCCAUCGGCAACGAUCUAAAUAAAGCAGCAAUAGUUAAAGCUGGUGCAGUUCAGAAGAUGGUAACCCUUUUGCAGGGGUCAAAUGAGUCUGUUAGAGAAGCUGUGGUGACUGAUUUUCUAAGCUUGUCAGCUCUGGAUGUGAAUAAACCUAUUAUUGGUUCAUCUGGUGCAAUACCAUUCUUGGUAAACAUUAUGCAGCAUGGAAGUACACAGGGAAGGAGAGAUGCACUUAGGGCUCUUUACAAUCUGUCAAUUUGUCCCGCAAAUGCAGCACUUAUUGUGGAUACAAAUGUUGUUGAGUUUUUACUGAAUAUAAUUGAUGACAUGGAUGUAUCAGAGAAGAUUCUGGGGAUUUUGAGCAAUUUAGCAGCCACAGAGGAAGGGAGAAAAGCCAUAGGACAAACAAAUGAUGCUUUUCCAAUAUUAAUAGAUGUGCUCAAUUGGGUUGAUGCACCCAAAUGCCAAGAGAAAGCAGCCUUCAUUCUCAUGAUCAUUGCACACAAUAGUUGGUCCCACAGACGAACCAUGGUAGAAUCUGGUGUGGUCUCUUCUCUAUUAGAACUCACUCUUCUUGGCACUACACUGGCUCAGAAGAGAGCCUCUAGAAUUCUUGAGUGCCUCAGAGAUGAUAAAAUUCGAAAAAACUCAACCAUGUCUGCACCCAUAUCUGGCCAGCAUACAGACCUGGAACCAAUAAACAAAGAUGAAUAUGGUGAUCAUAUGAGCGAGGAGAGAAAAGUUGUAAACCGUCUAGUUCAACAGAGUUUGCAGCAUAAUAUGCAGCGUAUCAUCAAGCGUGCAAAUCUUCCUCAAGAUUUUGCUCCAUCUGACCGUUUCAAGUCCUUAACAGCAACCUCCAGCUCCAAAAGCCUUCCUUUCUAAUUAAAAAUUGCAGGUUUUAUUAAGUGAAGAUGUUAAUUUCAAAUGUCUACUUCCAAGCCAAGGGUCACUUAUGGGAGAGAAUUAUGUCUCUUGGUCUCUUGAAUAUUCAGUCUAUUUGCCAUGGAGUUAACGGGUAUUAACUGCUACAUGAGCUUGUGAAGGUAUCUGCCAUUUGAUCUACUGGAUGAGGGUUUGAGCUUGUUAUCUUCUAUCUGUUCCAUUUGAUGGAGGUCUCACCUGGAGAUCUUCUAUUUGAUCCAUGUGACAAGGGUUUUAGCUGAUUCUCAUCUAUUUGAUCCAUUGAUGGGGUCUUUAGCUGAUUGUCAUCUAUUUGAUCCAUGUGACGGGUUUUAGCUGAUUGUCUUAAUUUUGGUCCAUUGGAUGGGGGGUUUUACGGAAGUACAAAAUUGAUCUGACAUCAAUCAACCAAUCAACCUUGUUUAAUGGAAUUUCUAGUUCCCAAGUGGGUUGUGUCAGGUCCUGCUUCCCAUUCAGCCCAUUUGAAAAGUCCGAAACAAACAAUGGGACUUGCUAUCAUAUUUAUCAUUUGAGACCAUGGAAAUAGCAUCUACAUUUGGAAACUUAUGGUUUUUGGUACAUAUUUAACAACAAUAUACAAUGUUGUCUCCAGAGGAAACCACUUGAGUUGGUCUUGAACUGAAGAUGGAAUUGUCUCACAAUUUCUGGAAUGGCUACAAUUUAGGAGGGAUAACUUGAGUAGAUGCAGAUAAGAAUAAUUCUCAUAUAGGGAGGAAAUAAGGAGCUUAGUAUUGUAGGUAUCAAAGUUUAGCUAAAAAUAAUUGGGAUGACGGAUCAUUAAGAAGUGCAUUGUCUUUGAUGGUUACAUACAUUGCUGUUGCAGCUGAAGUGGAUUCCUUCUACCAUUGUUCUUAUUGUGAUUGUACAACGGAUUUGGAGGAGUCAUGUGAAACCAGAGAAGCAAUAACUUGACAAGUUCUUGAUGGACGGAUGCAUGGAUAUACUUGAUGCUUUCGAGUAACAAAUUUUGAAGAAUGGAAUCCCUUAGUGUAUUUAUGUAUCAUAUUAAUAAUUAAAGUAAAUGGAAGAUGGAUGGUGAAUUUGAA